AUGUCGAGUUAUUAUUACAGUCCCCGGCCCAAGAGUUUGGGGCCCGACGAGUUGCCUCGGACGCACUCGUUGAAGAACAAAAAGUCGUUGGAGCGCUCGAGACGUGAAGCCAGUUACGGGAAGAACCCAUUGUACGGACUUCAUGAGUCAUUGCCAAGUGUCAGCAAAGUUGCUAUUGUAAGUUUAUUAAUCUAAUUUUUCGAUAGUUUGAUUUUUUGAUUUUUUUCUAUUUUUUGAUCAAAAAAGCCCUUAGGGCAUAAAAUAUUUUUUUUCUCAAAUUCAGAACCAUAAAACACAACUUUCUUUCUUUCUUUUUCGAUUAAAUUACUCCAAACUUUAUUACCAAAUCCGCCUCAAAAAUUGACUUACCACCUUUACAAUUAUUUACUACUUUUCCUAAUGACUCUUUUUCAGCCCAAACGCCGUUCCGAGAAACGCGAAUGGACCCCAAUGAAGGCGUCUCGCCAUGCCCAAGAGACCGUAAACCCGAUCCGCAAAAUCUGCGACAGUCUGGCCGUGCCCCCGAACCCGGCCAAAGCUCCAAUCAGGCUGAAUUUGGGAGAUCCCACACUUACCGGCAACCUUCCACCCAGCCAAGCCGCCAUCGACGCCAUCCAUGAGGUCGUUGAUGCCCACAAACAUGACGGCUAUGGUCCAGCUGUUGGAGUGGCUGAGGCGCGCGACGCUGUGGUUGAGAAAUUCUCCACUCCUGAAGCUCGCUUCACCGCCGAUGACGUCAUCUUGGCGUCGGGCGCUUCUCAUGCCCUCGACAUGGCCAUUGUGGCGUUGGCCGAUCCCGGAGAGAACAUCUUGGUGCCAGCGCCAGGAUUCCCUCUGUACAACACUCUCUGCCAACCCAACGGAAUCCACACCAAACAGUACAACUUGAAGAUGAAUGACGGAGGCCUUAUUGACUUGGAGCAUUUGGAGUCGCUGAUUGACGCCGACACCCGCGCCAUCAUCGUCAACAACCCCUCAAAUCCCACUGGAGUUGUCUUCCCCAAGCACCAUUUGGAGCAGAUUCUCCGACUCGCCUUCAAACACAAAUUGGUCAUCAUUGCCGACGAGAUCUACGGUGACUUGACCUACGACGGAGCCGUCUUCCAUCCAAUGGCCACUCUCUCUCCCAAGGUUCCAAUCAUCUCUGUUGACGGAAUCGCCAAGCGAUACUUGGUGCCCGGCUGGCGAUUGGGAUGGGCUAUUGUCCAUGACAGAUACGGAGUUUUGACCGAAGUCAAGAAGGGAAUGAUCGCCCUCUCCCAGAAGAUUGUUGGCCCUUGCGCUUUGAUUCAAGGAGCUCUGCCCAAGAUCUUGAGAGACACUCCAGAAGAGUACUUCGACAACAUCAAGGACGUCAUUGCCCGAAAUGCCGCCGUUGUCUACGAAGUUUUGAGCCGAGUUCCCGGAUUGAAGCCCCUCCGCCCUCAGGGUGCUAUGUACAUGAUGGUGGGCUUCGACAAGGACAUCUUUGGCGAGGAGACCAACUUCAUGCAAGGACUCAUUACCGAGGAAUCGGUAUAUUGUUUGCCCGGUUCGGCCUUCAACCUCCCUAACUGGUUCCGACUGGUGCUCACCUAUGACGAGGAGGUCACCCGUGAGGCUUGCUUGAGGAUCAGCUCGUACUGCCACAAACGCUUGGGACCUGUCAACUACUUGGCCCCCAAGAGAAGCAUGGCUAUGGAUGAUGGAAGCGAAGGCACCAUCAGCAAUGACUCUGACUAA